ACUCCUCCCCCAGCGCCGGGGGCCGCGCGGGGCCAUGGCGGAGCGGAGCUGCCCUCGAGCCCCGCGAGGGGGUGGGGACGGCCGGGGCUCGGCUCGGCACAGCGGGUCGGGCGGCGGCCGUGAGGAACGCGGGGGGAUGGCGGGGGGCAGAGGGGUUGCGCGGCUCCCACCGCUGCCGCUCACGCCGUUGUCUCCCGGCAGCGCCGUGCCCGGAGCGGGGCCGCCGCGGGGCCGUGCCGACACGCCAGGGCUGCUGGAGUGCCGCCGCUGCCGCUACCUGCGCACAGGCCGGGCCUGCUGCCAGCUGGUGGGAGCGCUGCUCGCCGCGCUGAUACUCGUCUGCAGCUCCGUGUCCUACGGCUCGGCGGGGGGCUACACGGGCGUCCCCGACCAGGGCAGCAUCUACUACUACAUGUACGGCGGGGCGUACAGCGGCUUGAGUGGAGCGGAAGGAGAGAAAGCGCAGCAGCUGGACCGGCGUUUCACCCAGCUCAAGGUGCCCAUAGCCAGGGCAGCGAUGGCCGUGGGAGGAGCCCUUAUGGUCUUCUCUUCCGCACUGAUUGUGGUUGGUGUUGUGCGGCUACCGUGGCGUUUUCCGGCAUUGCUCAUAGUGGAAUGCAUCCUGGACGCAGUGGUUGCAGUGGGUUUGCUGUUUGCUCUGUACUAUUUCUUCCAUCAUCUGCUGGGGGUUUAUGAUUCAUCGGUGUGCAAAGAGAGGGCGCAGCUUUACCAAAGCAAAGGCUAUCGGGGCUUUAGCUGCAGCAUGCACGGAGCAGAGAUUGCUGCUGGCCUCCUGGGCUGCGCAGCUGUUGUGGCAUUCCUGCUUGGUGCAGGCCUGGCCAUCAGAGGAUACAGAAUAGUUCACAAACUGAAACAGAAGCCAGAACAUGCAUAUGAGCCAUAGAAUUAUUCCUCUGCUCCAGUAGUGGUCCCGAUUUUUGCCUGCCUUGGGGCAUGCUUUUACUUGCUUGGGGACAAUGCCUUCCUGUUACUGUAACAGAGCAUUCACCAAGAGCAUAGCUCCAAAUAGCAAAACCAAGCUGUCCAAACUUGAAUUUGCACUGUUAAAUUAUUAGUGGACAUGUAAGCCCCACAGAUUGUCUUCAUCAGGUUGCUCUUCUGCCUCUCCAGCAUAUGUUAGAGACAGAAUGCACUGGUAACUUGUUCUUAUAAACACAGUAAUGCACAGGCAUUGUCUAAAUAGCAAGCUUGGUUUUGAAUGCUUGCAGGUUGUGAAGCCUAGGAGGAUAAUUCAGCUUUGGAGAAGUCCUUGUUCCUAAAUGUAGAUGACUGAAAGAGAUCACAUACCUGAGCUCUGGGUUUCCUUUUGCCUCCUCGUACUUAGGGUACUAGAACAGAACUCCUGGGCAACAUCAUACCCAGAAUCCUCCUAGCAGUAGGAUAAUUAACAUCAGUAAUCAUGCAGAGCACAUCAAGUAGCAUGGCUAAGAUGUGUUGCAGACACACAUGCUGGUGAACAGCUUCCUACAGCUGAAUCUUUUAGAAAGGGCCUGCAACUGUCCACUGAGAAUGGAACUCUUAAAAGUGAGCAGUGAAGCUGAUGGUUGUGGCUGCCAGUUCCUGCUUUGUAAAGGUCUCUUGGUGCUAAAGGGGCAGCUUUAAAAUAGCAUUUAUAUUGCCAUCAGAGACUCCUGAAAUAAGCUUGUAGGGUGGUGAACUCACACUCAGCUUAAUUUAUGACACAGUGCCUUCUUUUCGCUCCCUCCUGGUAAGGGCACCAUUCUGGAUGGAGCAGUCUUUUAUGUAACUUGUAUGCAACCAUUUUGUGAUUUAAGACAAAGGUGUGUUGUUUGCAAAACAUUUUUAGUAUACAAGGUAGGGAAAUGAGACUGAUUUUGUAUUAUGAACAAAUAAAAGUGAACUUUCUCUUCAGAAA